AUCACCAAAGCUCCCCAACCCCCCCACCUCCCCACCCCACCUCCCCAAAACCCCUUUUUUGGUUGAAGGGUUGCUAAUGGUGUAGAAAGAUUGAAUCUUUUUUACAGAACAGAAAUGAAGAGCUCAAUGGAUUUUCUUGUUCUACUUCUUUUGAUUUCACAUUUAGUAGCUUUUGCCUUUUCUGCUAAUGAAGAUGCUUUCGUUGGUGUAAACAUUGGAACUGAUGUCUCUGACAUGCCCAGUCCAGCUCAGGUGGUGGCUCUCCUCAAAGCACAGCAGAUUCGGCAUGUCAGGCUAUUUGAUGCUGACCAAGCUAUGCUACUUGCACUUGCUCAUACCGAAAUCCGCGUCAUUGUUUCUGUACCAAAUGAUCAGCUCUUAGGAAUUGGUCAGUCGAAUUCCACUGCUGCCAAUUGGGUUUCCAGGAAUAUCCUCUCUCAUGUUCCUGCCACCAACAUCACAGCCAUUGCCAUUGGUUCUGAAGUCCUUACCACUCUUCCUAAUGCUGCUCCUCUCUUGGUCUCUGCCAUGAAAUUCAUUCACUCUGCCCUUGUUGCUGCUAAUCUCGACACUAAGAUAAAAGUCUCCACCCCUCAUUCGUCUUUUAUCAUCCUCGACUCAUUUCCACCCUCACAGGCUUUCUUCAAUCGAUCGUUAGAUCCUGUCAUGGUUCCAUUGCUCAAAUUUCUACAGGACACCGAUUCCUAUUUCAUGCUCAACGUAUAUCCAUACUAUGAUUAUAUGAAAUCCAAUGGUGUGAUCGCGUUGGACUAUGCUCUCUUUCGCCCCCUCCCACCUAACAAGGAGGCUGUUGAUUCUAACACACUCCUCCACUAUACUAAUGUAUUUGAUGCCGUUGUUGAUGCAGCAUAUUUUUCUAUGUCCUACUUGAACUUCACUAACAUUCCCGUUAUGGUAACAGAGUCAGGUUGGCCAUCUAAGGCUGAUUCCAGUGAGCCGGACGCCACUCUUGACAAUGCUAAUACUUAUAAUAGUAACUUGAUUAGGCAUGUUCUUAACAACACUGGGACUCCCAAGCAUCCUGGGAUUGCAGUUAGUACAUACAUUUAUGAGCUUUACAACGAAGAUCUCAGACCUGGUUCUAUAUCUGAGAAGAACUGGGGGCUUUUUGAUUCCAAUGGAGUACCAGUUUAUAUCAUGCACUUGACAGGUUCUGGAACGGUGUUGACCAAUGAUACUACAAACCAAACCUAUUGUGUUGCAAAGGAAAAUGCGGAUAAAAAAAUGGUGCAAGCUGCACUUGAUUGGGCUUGUGGACCGGGGAAAGUUGACUGUACUCCUUUGUUGCAAGAAAAUCCUUGCUAUGACCCAAAUACUGUGUUUGCUCAUGCAUCAUAUGCUUUUGAUGCGUAUUAUCACAAGAUGGGCAUGGCCGAUGGAACUUGCAACUUCAAUGGGGUUGCUAAAGUCACUACCACUGAUCCUAGUCAUGGUUCUUGUAUAUAUCCAGGAAGUGGAGGGAGAAAUGGCACCUUCACGAAUAGCUCCUCGGUUGCUCCAUCAUCAGACUCAGCAUCUGGCUGUCAUUCACAAUAUUCCCACGACGUUCAUACUUUGUCUCGCUCUCUAAUUGUUGGUUUGUUGACACUCUUGACUGCAGCUUCCUUGUAGCAUAAUGUGAAUUGUGAACAGAGUUCCACUUGUCUUCCAAUUUUGUUCCUCCAAGGAGAGUUAAGGUUGCGCGUGUGGUCCUUUAGAUUGGUACACAUGAACUCGUAUGGAGGUUAGUGGUCUGGAUUCGUUCCCCUAUCGUGCAGUCGAGGCAGAGAAGGCUUGUUGUUGAUUGCUGUAAUUAUCUUGUAGGAUAGAGUCAAUUCUUUUCCUUCUGAAGCUGAAUUCUUUGUCUCGAAUUGGGAUUUUCGAUCAUAAUGCUUUUGCAUAAGAUAUUCUUGGUUGUAAGGGUCCGGUUUUCCUUGUUCAAACCGGUAUUUAACGAGUAAGUAGUAAGUAAGUGAGAACUGGUGAAUUGACCAGGUGGGGAUAGAACUAAAAAUUUCAUAUAUAUGCAAAGUACUUUUUCCCCUUC